UAGUCAGUUAUAGUCUCAGCCGCAGCCGCCAAUCGACUCGAGGGAGGGACCAUGUUGACAUAAGAAAGGAGUAGAAUCGUUUGUUUGGAGCGGCACAACCAUGGACAAGACUGCCGUGGUAAAAGUCGGUGCCGCGGCCAGUGCCAGUGUAUGUGCCCUGUUUGGAGGUGUGGUUCUCGCCCAGUACAUGUUCGCCAAGAAGAAGAGAGCGGGAAAGAAAACGAAGAUCAUCGAGAUGAUGCCAGAGUUUGAGAAGAACACGGUCCACAUGAGGGAUCCAGAGCGGGUGGAGCAGAUCAUCUGUGGCAUGAUCAAGGGUGGCGCCUCCAAACUACAGGUCAUCACUGACUUUGACAUGACGUUAAGCCGGUUCGCAGUCAACGGCAAACGCUGCCCCACGUGUCAUAAUAUCAUUGACAACUGCAAGCUUGUCACCGAAGAUUGUAGGAAGAAGUUACUUGAGCUUAAGAACACAUAUUACCCCAUAGAGAUUGACCCCCAUCUAACGAUGGAGGAGAAGUAUCCAUUUAUGGUAGAAUGGUAUUUUAAGUCCCACACAUUACUGGUGGAGCAGAGGCUACAGAAGGACAAACUCUCAGAGGUGGUGAGAGACUCGGACGCCUGCCUGAGGGAGGGCUAUGAGCCGUUCUUUGACCGGCUCCAUCAGCACAAAGUGCCCGUGUUCAUCUUCUCAGCGGGUCUGGGAGACGUCCUGGAGGAGAUCAUCCACCAGGCGGGGGUCUACCACCCCAACGUCAAGGUGGUGUCCAACUUCAUGGACUUUGACGAAAAUGGCGAGCUGAGGGGCUUCAAGGGAGAGCUGAUCCAUGUGUUCAACAAGCACGACGGCGCCCUGCGCAACACGGAGUACUUCAAACAGGUGAAGGACAAUUGCAACAUCGUGCUGCUGGGAGACUCGUUAGGCGACCUCAACAUGGCUGACGGCGUGCCCAAUGUGGAGAACAUCCUCAAGAUCGGCUUCGUCAACGACAAGGUGGAGGAUCGUUUGGAGAAAUAUCUGGACUCUUAUGACAUCGUCCUGGUAAAGGACGAGACUUUAGAUGUGCCCAAUUCCAUCCUUCAGAAGAUUAUAUAACUCACCCCCCCCCCCCCCCCCCCCCUUCAUACUGAAACAUUUCCCCAAACCCAUGGAAAAUGAACCAACCUCUGGACCCCCAGACGGACGUUACUGGCCCCCCGUCACUGACUCACAGCCUCUCGACAUACACUAGCUCCAUGGGCACCACUCUUUGGAUCCCACCUCUGCUACCAACCAUAGAGUCAUGGUUGGGUACUGGAUGUUCCCUUCACCUCUUUAUGAAGACAUUUAUUCUCCUCUCAAUUAACUAUUUUAAAGUACA